GGUAUAUAGCGGCGAUGCUGCCAGACACGACUACAUAAUUAUUUAGUGAGUGUGCGUCUCAUGCCGUGAUGUCAUUAAAAGCAUCCAAAAUGACGAUGAAUCAAGGAAAGUCGUUUAUGGAAGGUACCAUCAACUUUGUGAUUCCCGAUGCGCGGCUGCUUACAAAAGGGAAGAAAGUGUACAGCAGUCCCAUUCAUAUCCGUAAUUUGAUAUGGCGUAUCUUUGUCGUGGUGGAGGACAUGGUGGUUUUUGGUAAACCGAAACCCUACGUCAAUGUGUACUUGGAAUGCGAUUCGAGUUUUGGUACAUGGGUAUGCAAAACGGAUAUGGAUUUCCGUUUUGUACCGUGGAUAAAAACAACCAACCCGCUUGAAAAAGAAUGUUUGUAUGUAUUUACGGAGGUUAACAAAUGCGCUGGCUUUCCGAACGUUAUCUCGCUGAACAAAAUGCUGGACCCCCCAAACGGUUAUAUUGAUCCAACGACUUUCACGGUAGCACUGGAAGUAUUUUUACGCCCAGAGCUCCCGUUAGUAAAUGCAGGAAUCUACGAUAAAGUGCUGGAGUUAGUCCACGGACUGGAAGAUCAGCUAUCGACUUCGCUGAAAUACGGUACCGGCACGACGCUCCCGCCGGUGGACGUCAAACCCGGCUGGUUGCGACUGAUCUUGGACACCACGCGUAACGCUUGUCAGAUCCUUUCCAGUAUCCCCAAAUCAACGGAAACGGCUUGCCAUGUCCAGCAGACAUACCUUCUCAAUAACCCAGAAUUCGGCAAUAUUGCGGUAGUGGCCGGGAAGGAUACCUUCCAUGUCGACGAAGAGGCAUUGGCCCGUGUGUCGCCGGUAUUAUUGAAACAUCUAGAGGCCAAUAAACGCAGCGAUUCCAGCCGAGAAAAGCCGGUUUACAAUUUCACGAACUUAUCUUCAUCGACGGUAUUGGACUUUCUAUUGUACUGUUACAUUGGUAUCGCACCGACUCUGGAGAAGAACGCGCGCGAGAUGUUGAGCCUGGCGACCUUUUAUGGGGAGAACCGAUUGAAGACACUCAGCGAAAUGUUUAUGCUGCGCGAUCUGGUGCAGACGGUAUCGGAUUUCAGUCCAACGGUAGCAGUGCUCUCGCCUUCCAUUGACUUUGCAAUGAAACAUCAGUGUGACCUUAUGCUGGCUGGACUGCACCUGAGUCUUCAGGAGAAGUUUGGCGGAUUAUCUCCCGGACAACAGGAUGAGUGGAGGCUGUUCCAGCGGAAUAUUCCGGAAUUUAUAUUUCGCAGAAUCGAUUUUGCUGUAGUCGUGCACAGCAGUCUUACAAAGCACUAUGUGGAGCAAGAAAAGGAAGCAAAGAACUACUGGGAGAAGCUCCGUUCCGAGCAUGCCAAUGCCGGAUGUUGGCGCAAGGUGUCAUUCUUGACUGACCGGGAUUUCAAGCGCUCUUUUCAGGGCAAAGAUUUACUUUGAUUUCGCUACAUUCGGCUGAGCCUUACAAGCACUCUGUACAUAAUUCUAUCUUAUAAUUAUACAUAUGUGUAAGACAGUAAAACGCAUAUUCACAUAUUAUAUAUACAUAAUUUUUUCAUAUUAUUGUGUAAAAAAUAAA